AUGUCUCCUGAUGCUCCAUCAGCAGCGCCUGAGAGGCGCAGCUACACUUUCGCUGAGUCCCUCUCGGCUGUCGACCGGAACGCGGCAAUCGACCCAUGCAGCGCUCAAUGGCUGCUGAUAUGGAUGUACGGCGCUUAUGUUGACGACAUCCCUAACGAGUCACAGCGCCGCAACAUCAGCGUCUUCUAUAGGACGUUGACUGACAUGUGUAAGAAUGGGCAGCAAUGCUUCCAACGCUUCGUAUCCGACUUCCCCCCUCAGACUGAAAGCCGUCGCGCGCUUAUGGGCUGGGUACAGAUGGCAGAGAAUUCGUGUCGCAUACAAAAUGGACUUCCAGCUAAGCUCUUUAAGUGUGUAAGACUUGAAGUACAUUUCAUCAUCUGCAGUUACCGCGAGUUAAUGAAGCGAUGGCGCUACCCUGAUGGCUACCUUUAA